CGAAGUCACAGACAGUCGUGCAGUCAUAACAUAUUCCUGAGACGCCCCAUAAACACUGAAGGGGGUAAUAACAAGCACCAACGCGCUGAGCACUCCCGAACUAAUCAGUUUAAUGUGGACAUUGGCACACUUUUAAAUUUACCAACGGUUGCGUCAAGUUACUGCGAGCGCCAGCCCUGGAAGCAUGUUGUCUAUGUGCGACAAGCUAGCACACAGCGAACGAAUAUGAUGCCUUCAUCCUUCUCGAAAAGCUAGUGAGUUAGCCGCUGCAACGUUAGCAUUUUGGUCACUAAACCUUGACAUUACUUGACGACUUAAUAAAAAAGAAGCUAACCAGCGUUGCACAUGUUUCCAGGGUUGGGACGAGUGGUGAAUGUCGGCCAAAGAGAGGUGUUGCUGAAAUGAAACGAUAAUGCACAGCAAAUGUAGAUAGCAUGGACUAUUCCGCGCAUGCUUAGCGAUCUAGCAGUCGAGGCUAAAAUAAGUAAAUGUUUUACAUUUUAGGCAAACUAAAAAUCAGCCUUUUGGUCGUGGAGUCGCGAAUUAAAGCGAGUGGACCAUGACGAAUCCCCUAUUCGGUUACGUUAGCCAGCAACAACUCAGCUAGCGCUAGCUGCAGUUUAGGCUAGCUCGGUAAUUUAACGUCGGUUUAUUAUUGUCAUUAAUCCGAGACUAACUGAGCCGAAGAGAACAUCUCAGGCAGACAAACAUGGCUUCCGAGGAGGCAUCGCUACGUGCACUGGAGAGCCUGAUGACAGAGUUCUUUCACAGCUGUACAACCAAUGAAAGACAGAGAGAAAUAGAAGAGUUGCUGAAUAACUUUGCACAGCAAACUGGAGCGUGGCGCCACUGCUUGUUCUUCCUCUCUAAUACCCGGAAUGAGUAUGUCAUGAUGUAUAGUCUCACGGUAUUUGAAAACCUGGUCAACAAGAUGUGGAUCGGUGUGGCGUCGCAAGACAAGAUGGAGAUUCGUAACUGUUUGCCCAAACUCCUACUUGAACAGCACAAAUCUGUGCCCUAUUUCAUCCGUAAUAAACUCUGUAAAGUCAUCGUGGAUAUCGGCCGCCAAGACUGGCCGAUGUUCUACCACGAUUUCUUUACAAACACGCUUCAGUUAAUCCAGUCGCCAGCUUUGGCAUCAUUAGGCCUGGUGAUGCUGAAAACCACAUCAGAGGAACUCGCAUGUCCUCGGGAAGACUUAAGUGUUGCCAGGAAAGACGAGCUGCGUAAACUGCUGCUGGAUCAGGUACCUCCAGUGCUUGGACUGUUGACAGGCAUCCUGGAGACUUACUGGGACAAGCACAGCAUCACUGCUUCUACACCGCCACCCUCACCCACCUCAGGAGAAAGCGUGGAACUUUUGGGCACAUUGUUUCAAGGCAGUCAAUACUCAAAACUUCUCUGCCAGCCCAUGGCAGCACUGGAUAACGAGACCCAGCAGCUCUGCUGUCUUGUUCUGGAGUGUUUAGCUCACCUGUUCAGCUGGAUCCCGCUGUCCACGAGCAUCACACCCACCCUGCUGGCGUCAAUCUUCCACUUUGCACGUUUCGGCUGCGAUCUUCGGACAAAGGCCAAGUCGGGGUUCCUCAUCUCCUCCACCUCGUCGUCUUCUAACGGGCAGCUCAAUGCCGGGACAGUGCUGCCCACGUCAAAUGGAGGGGGGCGGCAGGUCGAGGGCAGCAAAGUGGAUCGUUCCCGCCUUGGCGUGCUCGCCAUGACCUGUGUCAAUGAACUGGUGUCAAAGAACUGCGUGCCGGUGGAUUUUGAGGAGUACCUGCUGCGCAUGUUCCAGCAGACCUUCUUUCUUCUGCAGAGGCUCACUCGCGAGAAUAACGCUCAUACGGUCAAGAGUCGCCUCCAGGAACUUGAUGAGAGUUAUUUGGAAAAGUUCACAGAUUUCCUGCGCCUGUUUGUCAGUGUUCACUUGAGGCGGAUUGAGUCCAGUCCUCAGUUUCCGAUAGUAGAGUUUCUUGCUCAGCUUUUCAAGUACACCUUCAACCAGCCUGCUCAUGAGGGCUACUUUGCCUGUUUGGAUAUAUGGAGUGUGUUUUUGGAUUUUCUUACAACUAAAAUCAAAAGCAGACUGGCCGACAGAGAAAGUGUUCUCAACAGGUACAAAGAUGCCUUAGUCCUUCUGUUGAGAGAAGUUCUAAAUCGCAUCCAGUUCCGAUACAAUCAAGCUCAAUUGGAAGAGCUGGAUGACGAGACUCUGGAUGACGAUCAACAGACUGAAUGGCAAAAGUACCUGCGUCAGAGUCUGGAGGUUGUUGCUAAGGUGAUGGAGCUGCUCCCUUCCCAUGCAUUCUCUACUUUGUUUCCAAUCCUUCAAGAAAACCUGGAUGUGUACUUGGGACUGCAGCAGUUUAUUGUCACCACUGGCACAAGUCGGAGAUUAAAUAUCACCGCUGAGAACGACUGCCGUCGACUCCACUGUUCUCUCAGGGACCUCAGCUCCCUUCUCCAAGCCGUUGGCCGCUUGGCCGAACAUUUUAUAGGGGAGAUUUUUGCGUCGCGUUUCACUGACGCCCUUGCAGUUGUCGAGAGGCUGGUUGAAGUGACUUGCUACGGCUCUCAGAUCAGCUUGUACGACCUGGAGACCGCUGUGCCUUCUGUACUCAAACCAGACCUCAUAGAUGUACAUGCGCAGGCCAUUGCUGCUUUGCAAGCCUACUCACAUUGGCUUGCACAGUUCUACAGUGAGGUCCACAGUCAAAACCAGAGUCAGUUUGUCACCCUCAUCACGUCUGCAGUCGAUGCCAGUAGCCCCCUUAUCACUGCAAAGGUACCAGAAAAGUUACGGCUUUCGGCGUGUCAUCUGAUGAUCUCCAUAACCUCCACGGUGCGACCUGUGUUCUUGGUGACGAUGCCAGCCGUUCAGAACAUCUUCAACCUCAUUACUGCUGAGAAUCAGACCCGCAGGCUCCCCCCCGAGGCUCACUUGCUAGUGUGUCGGGCUUUAUCCAACAUGCUGCUGCUCCCGUGGCCGAAUUUACCGGAGAACGAGCAGCAGUGGCAAACACGCUCCAGCAACCACGCCAACCUGCUGGCGGCACUCACCCGGGAAUAUCGUAUGUUAAGAGGGACGGUGAAUGUAACUCCACGGCGACCUGAAAUGCACGCAUUGAAAGUGGUGAUCCAGCAGACCUUGCCGGUUCUCAGAGAUAUAGUGGACAGCAUCUCUGGGGAAUCCACCAAAUCCCGUCAGAUCUGUUAUCAGAGUCUGCAGGAGUCUGUCCAAGUGUCCCUCAGCCUUUUCCCAGUGUUUAUUCAGCAGCCAGAUGUGACGGAUGAGAUGUUGGCCUUCUUCUUGACGCUGUUUCAGGCGUUGCGAGUCCAGAUGGGCGUUGCCUUCACUGGACAGAUCAUCCACACAUUCCUCAGCAUGUUCACCAGGGAGCAGCUGGCAGCCAGCAUUUUGCAGGAGGGCAGUGCGGGGUGUCGGGUGGUACAGAAGUUCCUAAAAAUCCUGCAGGUGGUGGUGCAAGAGCCUGGUCAGGCUUUCAAACCGUUCCUCCCCAGCAUCCUCUCUCUGUGCAUGGAGCAGGUCUACCCUGUGGUGGCAGAGCGGUCCUCCCCUGAUGUCAAAGCGGAGAUGUUCGAGUUACUAUACCAAAUACUUCACCAAAACUGGAGGUACUUCUUUAAAACUUCCAUUUUAACAAGUGUCCAAAGAGGAGCCCCAGAAGACGCCAUGGAGAACGAGGCCCAGUUCACGGCUGCCAUGCAGGCGUUUGGACAGUCUUUCCUGCAGCCGGACAUCCACAUCUUCAAGCAGAAUCUGUCUUACUUGGAGUCCCUCAACAGCAAGCACAAGUUGUAUCACAGAAAGCUUUUCCGGACCUCGAUGCUCUUCCACUUCAUCAACGUGCUGCUACAGGUCCUUCUCCACAAAAGUCACGACCUACUCCAGGAGGAAAUCACUCUGGCCAUCUACAACAUGGCCUCCGUGGACUUCGAUGCCUUCUACUCCGCCUUCAUGCCCGAGUUCCUCAACGGCUGCCAGGGCGUGGACACCAACCAACGAGCUGUCCUCGCGCGGAACUUCAAGCUAGAACGAGACCUUCCUUCGUUCACUCAAAGUGUGCAGCGGCUGGUGAACGACCUUCGCUACUACAGACUGUGUAACAGCAGCCUGCCCACCGGCACCAUCAAGCUUUAGUGCGACUGAACCACUUCACAAUUAAACCGGGACGCUCAAGGACUGCCUGUGCUGACCACUUAACUCAACACUCCAAAAUCCCAGCUUUGGAUCAUGCGUUCAGAGUUUUAGGAAAGUUGAGGAUGCUGCUGUUUGACCUUGAUUUCUACUGUAGACGUGUGGCGGCGCACUCUUCUUCUUGUUUUUAAAGCAGCGCCCACCGUACGUGUCGCCGAUGAAUCAUUGGCAGGAACUUUAAAUCUGGUCUGCAUUUGGCUGUUUUUGCCCAGACCUGGACCAGUCUGAGCCAGGCCUUCUUUCCCUGGCCUCGGCCACAACGCCGAGCUGGGACUGAGCACUUUCGACUCAUUUUGAGUUUUUAAAAUGUCUGCUUGUAUUCAUUGUUUGCCUUCAGGUUUUUUCAUCUCCAAAGGAGACAGACUCUCAACUUAAGAACUUUUCAUAUCAUUCCAUUCUGAAAAGGAGAAAACUUGCUUCAUUUAAUAAAGUUCAAUGAGACUUUUUGUAAUGUUAUUUACAAAAGGCU